GUUGGAGGCCGGCGUUUGGGUGACAGUGUGCCACUAGUGCCAGUGGCUCAGGCUGCAGCAGUGGGCGGAGAGCCACGCGCCCGCCGUCUGACCCACUCACUCGACCUUGCCUCCCUCGCUGAGCCACACACGGGGCGGAGGAGGGCAGGAUGGCGUCUCGAGAAGGCCCCAUGGUGAGCGGCACGGAUGGCACGGACUUCUUGCACAGGGAGACCGUGGCGCCGCAUUACCAGAUUAGCUGGCCUCCAAAGAAGACUAUUUCAGAAUUUGCCCUGAACAAGAGUCGGUUACGGAAAUGUGUGUUCUCCCACCUCCUGUUGGCACUCCUCAUGCUGAUCAAGAUGGUCCCAGACAUUCUUGACAGACUUGACAUCUUCAUCCUAGAAAUUGAAGAGCUAGAAGUCCCACAACCACUGAAGUGGGAGUACAUAUGGUUGUUGGGCUCCUUAGCAAGUUUCCUCGGCCUCACUGCCAUCAGGAAAAACCGAAUACUGCUUCUCCAGAUAUAUUUUGGCCUUGUUAAUCUUCUAUCAACAGUACCAAUUCUAUUAGCUGCGAUGAUAUACUUUAAAGAAUUUGUUGAGUACUGUACUGAAAGUGAGCCUCAAGGUCUUCAGUUAUGGCAGGGUUACCCAAUCAGUGUAUUGUGGUAUAGCUUCAUCCUGGUGGCCAUGCAGGUGCACAUCUUCACACUGAUCUUUGCCUACAAGCUCAUAUUGGCCUGGAAGAACCGAGGGGUCACUAAGAAGGCUCAGUGAGGCCAGUUAAGCACCUAAAUAUUCACUGCAUUCAUUUUGGGUUGUUGUAAAUUGACCUUUUUAGUGUUUAUGAAGGAAUACAUUGUGAAAACAUGAUUCACCAAGGAUGUCUGUUUUAUACUUAAAAUAUUUUUACUCACAACAUCUGUGGGUUAUAUUGGUUAACUUUUUGAGCUACUACUUACAUUGUAGCAAAAUAAUUACUGUUCUGUUAAGGUGUUUUAUAAUAUCUUCAUCUGCAGUUAAAUUGUCUUUAUUUUGCACCUGCAGUUACAGUUAGAGACUACAAUAUCAAUUUGGCUCAUUCAGUGGUGAUUCACUGCCAAAUAUAUAGCAUAUUAUAGAAUACAUUUCAACUGGAGUACACAUGACGUCUGUAUCGUGCAGAAUAAUUUUGUGCCACCUGGUGCAAACUUAUGCUACAUGUUCAGUGUUCAAGCUGGAGAGAUAGAAUAUAAUAGCCAUCUUUGCAUAGCCCUGGAAUAAGUUGUGUAUGUUUCAUGACUCCAGUCUAAGUUGAAAGCUUCAGCUCUCUAUACAAAUUUAUUUUUACAUAAUUCAUUAUUGGAACACAGAUGCAUUUUAUGUUCAUUGUAUUGUUGAAAUAUCUCGGUUGAUGGUACUUAGUGUCGUGCUCAAAAGUUUCUCUGUUGAGAAGGGAAGUCCUGCCCAAGUUUUGCAAGUCUACCUUUUGCCGUGUUUCCUUUACCUCAUGACAUUUUUAUGGAGAUGUCAAAAUGUCUUUUUUUUUUGCUUGGGAAUAAACAAUAUUUGUACUAA